AUGAGUUUGGCGAGUGGACGGGGCCAAGUGGGCGAAGGGAAGUACCGGCCACUUCCAUCGUGUGUUAAUUGCCGGAGACUCGACGGCGGCGGCCGCAUACGCUUUGGAAACGGUCCAAGUGCAUCCUCUCGGUCUCGCGUGCACCUCCGCGUGAAACCCAAUCACUUUGCCGACCCCGGCAAACGCAGUCGUCGCUUCGGCGUGGGGGGAGAUUCCGAAUUUGAGUUAGAGGACGCCGUGGUUGUGUGCAGUUGGUGUCGAGUGGGUUGGAUAAGAUUGGUUGUUGAGUGUUGA